AUGGCGGUUCGGAGGAUACGGCAGAACUGCCGUGGGGGAGUCCUGUUUUGCUUUCUUCUGGGAACGCUGUGGGACGCCGGUUUCGGAAAGAUCCGCUACUCGAUCCCCGAGGAAAUGGAGAAGGGCUUUUUCGUGGGCGACAUCUCGAAAGACCUGGGAUUGGAACCUCGGGCACUGUCAGAGGGUAGAGCCCGCAUAAUUUCGAAAGGUAAGAUGCAGCAUUUCGCCCUGAAUGUCAGAAGCGGCAGCUUAGUCACGGCAGACAGAAUAGAUAGGGAGGACCUGUGUGGGAGAGCACCCGUGUGCACUGUUAACAUAGAGAUUUUGAUAGAAGACAAAGUGAAAAUUUAUGGCGUAGAAGUGGAAAUAACUGAUGUUAAUGAUAAUCCCCCCCGAUUUGAGACAAAGGAAACAGAAAUAAAAAUAAUUGAAAAGGAAGUGUCAGGAACAAGGUUUCUUCUUCCUGAGGCUUUCGAUCCGGAUGUUGGGAUGAAUUCCCUCCAGAACUACCAGCUGAGCCCCAACCAUCACUUUUCUCUGCAUGUGCAGAGAGGAACAGACGAGGCCAAGUACCCGGAACUGGUGUUGGAACGGACAUUGGACCGAGAGGAGGAGCCUAUUCACCAUCUAACUCUCACAGCCUCAGAUGGGGGAGAUCCGGUUCGCUCUGGCACUGUGCACAUUCAUGUGACGGUCCUUGAUGCCAAUGACAAUGCUCCAGUUUUUACUCAGUCCUUGUAUAGUGUGAGUGUUCCUGAGGAUGUGCCUUUGGGAACGUGGCUGCUCACAGUGAACGCCACUGAUCCAGAUGAGGGAAUCAACGGGAAAAUGACUUAUUUUUUCAGGAAAAUAACCCAAAAAACUUCUCAAAUAUUCAGAUUAAACUCUUUGACCGGGGCUAUAACAGUAUUGGAAAAUCUAGAUUAUGAAGAAUCUAGUUUCUAUGAUAUAGAUAUAGAAGUUCGUGAUGGUCCUGGACUUCAGGACAGAGCCAAGGUUCUCAUCAAAGUACUGGAUGUGAAUGAUAAUGCUCCUGAUAUCACCAUCACCUCCGUUACCAGGUCAAUCUCUGAAAAUUCUCCUGCUGGGUCGGUGAUUGCACUUUUCAAUGUGCACGACAGAGAUUCUGGAGAAAAUGGCCAGGUCACAUGUUCCAUUCUAGAAGACCUCCCUUUCAAACUUGAAGAGUCCUAUGAAAAUUAUUAUAGUUUAGUGACCGAUAAGGCGCUGGAUCGGGAACAAGUCUCCAUGUACAACGUCACCGUGACAGCCACAGAUGGAGGGAGUCCCCCUUUAUCCACUGACACUCACAUCUCCCUGCAUAUAGAAGACAUCAAUGACAACCCCCCGACCUUUGUCCUGACAUUCUAUUCAGUUUAUGUCAUGGAGAACAAUCCUAGAGGAACUUCAAUUUACUCUCUCACUGCCCGAGACCCUGAUAUCGAGGAAAAUAGUCAUGUUACUUACUCUAUUGUGGAUGACACAGUACUUGGUGCAUCUCUCUCUUCCUAUGUUUCUAUUAACUCUGAAACUGGCAUCCUCUAUGCUCUGCGUUCCUUCGAUUAUGAACAGUUCCGAGAACUGAAGCUAAUAGUGACAGCCAAGGAUUCUGGAGACCCUCCUCUCAGCAGCAACGUGUCUCUGACUCUGUUCAUCCUGGAUCAAAAUGAUAACUCCCCAGAAAUUUUGUAUCCUGUCUUCCCUUUGGAUGGUUCUACAGGAGUGGAACUGGCUCCUCGAUCUGCAGAUCCAGGCUAUCUAGUGACCAAGGUGGUGGCAGUUGAUGGAGAUUCUGGCCAGAAUGCCUGGCUGUCCUACCGCCUGAUCAAGGCAACAGAACCUGGGCUCUUCUCCGUUGGCCUGCACAGUGGUGAGAUCAGGACAGCACGAGCCUUUGUGGACAAAGAUGCCCUCAAGCAGAAUCUUGUAGUGAUAGUGGUGGACAAUGGAGAGCCUCCUCUCUCUGCCACAGUCAGUGUCACAGUAGUGGUGGCCGACACUAUUCCUGAAGUCCUUUCUGAUCUCAACAGUCUGGCAUCGUCAGAGCCUCCCAAAGACUCUGAUCUCACAUUCUAUCUGGUUAUCGCAGUGGCUUCAGUGUCCUGCCUCUUCUUUUUCUUCAUCAUCAUUUUAUUGGCCCAGAAAUUGUACCAAUGGCAAACCUCUAAAAUACUGAAAUCCACUAGUGGACAUUUUCAGCAUAUCCCUGCCUCAGAGUUUGUGGGCAUAGAUGGAGUACGAGCUUUCCUGCAGUCAUAUUCUCACGAGGUAUCCCUCACCACAGACUCUAAGAAAAGCCAGAUGAUGUUUACUCAGCCUAAUUAUGCAAAUACAUUAACCAUGCAGCAGAACUGGUCUUAUCUGUGGUAG